AGAAAAUAUACCGGUUGUUGACAUACGUAAAGGUUGAAGGCGGAAGUUGUUGUAAACAUGUUGAAUUUACUUGUUAAAUUACCUCCUGAAUCAUGUCCCAAACUCCUGCACAGGGUGGUGGAUGGGGUAUGCGGACGAGAACCCCCUCAAAUGGCUGAUUAUGGGGACACGUGGAGCCUAGAUCAAUGGCUUCAGCUCUUGGACUCCCUCUAUUCUCUAUUUCGACUGGCAGUGGGUAAGAAGAUCUCAGAUGAAGAGGUUACGGCAUUAUUGGCAGGCAUGGGGAAUGGGUACAGGGAAACGGUGAUGAUGGUGCUAAGGGCCAGACAGGAGGAGAUCCAUCAAGCAUUAGUGGAGAGGACGAAUUCUGUGUCCAGUGCCACUCUCCAAGAUUUUGACUGGAAGAUGAAGUUGGCUUUAUCUAGCGAUAAGAUUUCCUCUCUUCAGACUCCCCUGCUGGACUUACAUUUAGGAGUACAGCAGAACGGAACCCUAAAGCCUGUGUAUAUAGAGAUGAAUAGAGAAGAACUACAAAUGCUUAUCAGCUCACUAGAUGCCGCUAAUAAGAGAAAAUCCCCUUGACCCCAUGGAUGGCCAAUCCGCUGAUGGAUUCAAGACUUAUCUGAUCAACUGAUUAAUUGCUGUUAAAAAGCAUAGAGGGAAUUAUUUAUCAGAAAUAUCCCUCAUACUUUUCCCCAUAUAUUACAUUAAAACUGUGAAUAUUUUAGUGUUUAAGGCACUUUCCUUACAUUAUGGUUUUGUAUGUAUGCAUGUUCUAUUUUUAUGUUUAGGUUAGAUCUUCCAGUGAAUGUGGGUGUAUUUUAGUGCUGUUUGUUGUG